GACAAAAAGAUAAGUUUGCUGGGCAGCACUGCAGACAAGAUCAAGAGAUGGAGUGCCACCGGCUGCGGAAACGAUCCACCCUCCAAGUCUUCACUUGCCUGCUUUUCAGUAACAUUACCUGAGGAACCAUGUGGCCUGUCUUGUGGGCUGCCCUAAGGACAUAUGCCCCAUAUGUCACUUUUCCAGUGGCACUUGUGGUUGGUACAGUAGGAUACCAAUUGGAAUGGUUUAUUCGUGGAACUCCACAACAGAUUAAGGAGGAGCUGAGCAUUUCAGAAAAGAGAGAGGAAAGGACCUUACAGGAGGCGGCAGGUCGUGAUCUUACGCAAGUCACUAGCUUGAAAGAAAAGUUGGAAUUUACCCCAAAGGCAGUUCUUAACCGCAACAGACAAGAGAAGAGUUGAGAUGACUUUAUGCCUUGCCCUUGUGACAGGGGGAACUUCUGCAUGACACUGGAGACACAUGAAUGGGGUCAACACGUGCAGUACUGGAUUUCCUUUUGCGCUCGGUUAAUUCUAUGGUGGUUUGUCAUUCAAUAAUCACAAUGUCACAAAUUCCAUAAUUACAGUUUCAUGUCCUACAAUAUUGUCAGCAGCUCGGUUCACAUAUAGCCAUUUCUGAGGAUUAUUUUACUUCUAAAUAAAGUUAAAUUAAAAGAU